UAUGUUGUCAGGCCAUGAUCAUCCUUCAUCAUAGGACGAUUAUCAUUAUUAUACUAAAAGAGAAGAGAUAAUGCCAACUCUAAUCAGCAGAUUGCGAUAUGCUAAGUUUGCAGUCAGCAUUGAAGUUGUAAAAGACAAUAUUUUCUUCUAGGUUUACAUGACGUUAGAAAAAACGAAUUAUUGUGUUUGUCCGAUUAAAAUUAGACUGUUAUGUAAAAAUGUUAGUCCACUUGAAAUCGUAGCCUACAGAGAUGUGAAUAAACUGCUAUGACAGGGUGCUCGGGCUUUGACCCGGAAAUAAUACAAUAACCCCAAAGAAGACGAAGAAGCCGGUUACAACCUUUUACUGUCUAUGGUUACAACCAUACAACAACAACAACAAACAUGGCGAUUGAUAAACCUCCACCUGUUCAUUUUUGGAGUGAUGCAGAGACAGAGUUCAUGCUGUGUCAGCUGAAAGCGUUAAAUAUUUUGAAAUACAUGGAUGGUAGGAAAACACGGAAUGGCAACCUGUUUAGAAAAGUUGCGGAACACAUGGAGGACGCUGGAUUUCAAAGGACGUCCGAGCAAAUCCGUGUUCGGUGGAAGAACGUGAAAAAAGCCUACUACAAUACCAGGAAAAAGAACCAAACCAGUGGCAACAGUUCAGUUUCAUGUCCAUACUCCAACAUAUUGAAGGAGCUGCUUGGACGUCGACCGUUGUCCAAAACAGCAGAGAAUGGCGUGGACAUUGUGUCUAACGUUAGUCCUUCGUUCUCAGACCAAGAGGAAGAGCAGCAGUUUGCUGGUGAUCAGGCCCCGCUGGAGCAGGACCCGCUCCCUCACGAGUCCUCUGAUUCAUAUCUAACGUCCUCACCGACCUCAGAACCAUCCAGUUCUACAUCUCUGUUUCAUCAGCAGUUCCAGAUCGCUGUCAAAGCAGAAGCACCUGAAGGUGCUGUACGGGACAGUCCCAUUAGUGGAACACCUAACGGUGAAUUACCGAGACGACGCUCACGACUGAGCCUGCAGCCAGGGACACAGGUCUCGCCCUCCGCAUGGAGGACGUUUAGCAUCCCAACGCGGUUCACGUCCUUGAGCCCAUUCGAGGAGCAGCUCCUAGCCGUCCAUCGGGAGCAGGCUGCGGCUAUCCGUGAGGGCUUUCGCUCGCUGGCACAACAGAACCGACUCCUCUACUUGGAGGUCUGCGAGACCAACCGCAGUGUAGCCCGGAUUGCCUCGGCGGUGGCCGAGAAGGCCGCAAGCUCCUCUGGCAUGGCUGAAGAACUGAUCCGAGUGCAGCAGAGAAUAAGUGAAAGCAUCGACUCCACUAACAAUCUCCACACGCGGGUGAUUGACUUGCUGUUCUCACAGCAGGAGCAACCCAUUAUUGUCAUGCCUAAUGAGGAUAAAGGCAUGAAUGUACGACCCAGUAGAGAAUAGGCUUGUCAUAAUAAGUACAUUAUCGCCUUAUCGCACAAUUAAUUAAACUAUUGACAAUAGCUUUUUCCAACCUCGAUAUUGCCCGAAUGUUACGUUUACAUUCAUGUCGUGUACUGUAGGUGCCACUCUUUCCUCUGGCCAAAAAAUAUCGAUCCCAAUGCUCCAGUGCAGUGACGGUCAUUAAAGAUCCCAUGGCAUUUAUCGCAUAGAGUAGGGGGUUCCCUGGUUUCCUGGCUAAAUUCCCAACCUGGCUCAUUCAAUCUGGCCCCCUAAUCAUCCCCCCAAUGUAAUUGGCUCAUUCACUCCUUCACCCUCCACCUUAAGCUGGCGUAUAAUGGCUGCCCUGUGUUGUUGUUGUUGUUGUUGUUUCAUUAGUUUUUCAUAUUUGUUAGAGUUGUUUUAAAGUGAUGUCCUAAAAUAUUGCAACAACUACACUGUAUACGCAGUAUUUUUUCUGGGACAAUAUAUUGUGCAGCAAAAAGAGUUAUCGUGACAGGCCCAGUGGAGAGGAACGUUGUACGUAUCAGGCUCAAUUCAUGUUGUGGAGUUAUUCUGUAUUUUUGUGUGUCCUGAUAUUUUUCCAUGAGUGAUUUCAUGACCAACAAGUCUACCUCUGCUUAGGCCCCUGUUUUCUGUGAAAGACACAUAGCCCAAACUCUGCUGUGACAGUAGUUUCACGCAUAUGCUCCCAUGCCUGUUCAAGGUUGCAGGCGCACCAACACUAGAAUGCCCUCUAGGUUCUGCUGACACCUGGGACCCGUUGCACAAAAGCAGAAUUAAGACAUCCAGGAUAAGUUACUGAGCUGCGCUCAAUGAAUCCAAAACAAGAGCGUACAUGCUUAAUUGGUUGCACAAAGACCAAGCCAGGAUGAGCAGACACGGAUUCAUCAAGCCAGGUGAAACCUAUCCUGGAUAAGUGCGCGCUCAUGGCUCCUUCAAACUGACCCCGCUAUCACAGAUUCACUGAUUCACCAUGGCAACUAGAGCAGCUUCAUUGGUUCUUCUACGGUGUAAACUAGGUAGCGAUAGCCUUUUCACAACAG